AUGGAAGUCAUCAAAGGCCUGCAAAAGCGAUUACCCACCGCCAGCGAUCUGCCGACCCUCAAAUCCCUACAAAACACUUCGCUCAAGGAUGCUUCGGAAAAGAUCGCCCCGCGUCUCUCCUUCUUCAAGAAGCGACUGCGCAUUCGCGGCAACAGCAAAAUCAGCGUGCCGCUCUACCUGGUCCUGCUCUUUCCCUGCCUGGUGGUCAUCAUCAUCCUGACCCUCUUCGUACGGCAUCCCGACUCCCCGGGAGCUCGUCUCAUACCCUCGGGCGCGCCUCCCACAUAUAGGAAGAUCUCGGAGAAGCAUGACAAGGUCUUUGUGAAUGGCUGCUUGGAUCCGCACAUUACCGCGAAAGAACACCCUCGCGCAAACGCUGCCUUUGUGGUGUUGGCGAGGAAUAAGGAAUUGGAUGGAGUCAUUGAGAGCUUGAAGAGCGUCGAGAGACAUUUCAAUCGUUGGUUCCACUACCCAUACGUCUUUCUCAACGACGGCGAGUUCAACAGCACCUUCAAGGAGACGGUCCUAAACUACACUUCUUCGCCCGUCGAAUUCGGCAAAAUUGGUCCAGAGCACUGGGGUUUCCCGGAUUGGACGGACGCCAAUGUCGCAAAGGAGGGCAUUCGCAAGCAGGGAGAUGCUGCCAUUAUGUACGGCGGGAUGGAGUCCUACCACCACAUGUGCAGAUUCUACUCAGGCUUCUUCUACAAGCACGAGCUGCUACAAAAGUACGACUGGUACUGGCGAGUGGAGCCCGAGAUCAAGUAUUUCUGCGACAUCACCUACGACCCCUUCUUACACAUGGAGCGUAACAACAAGACAUAUGGUUUUACCAUUGCAGUCAAGGAGUUGCGCGAGACUGUGCCCAACAUCUUCCGCUAUGCGUCGGCGUACAAACGCACCAAGAACAUCAAGUCACAGGGACUUUGGGAAAUGUUCGUGGAGCCAAAGGAGGGUUACAACCAGGACGGAACGCCAAAGCCAGGAACCGUUCCCAAGGACGAGACGAAAGAAGCUGCCGAGGAUAUCCUUCAAGCGGCUCCACUUCCAGAUAUAGAUCCAGAAGAGAUGGAGGGCGAGAACUACAACAUGUGCCAUUUCUGGUCCAACUUCGAGAUCGCUAGACUGGACUGGUUCCGAAGUCAGGAGUAUGAAGAUUUCUUCCAAAUGAUGGAUCGCUCAGGCGGAUUUUGGAUGGAGAGGUGGGGAGAUGCUCCUAUCCACUCGCUAGCAGCUGGCGUCCUGCUAUCAACCGACCAAGUACACUACUUCCGCGACAUUGGCUACAGACAUACAACAAUCCAGCAUUGUCCCGCGAACGCACCGGCCCGCCAAAUGGCCCGCGAACCUUAUCUCGAAAUAACGACGACCGACGAAAAGGCCAGACGGGAAGAGGACGAGUACURGGCGAAAUGGGACGCUCCCAAGGAGAAUGGUGUCGGAUGCAGAUGUCGUUGCGAUACUGAUGUCGAGGAAGUUGAAGGGAAAGAGGGAAGUUGUAUACCUGAAUGGGUGGAGAUUGCUGGUGGUUAUAUCACGCCCUCUGGACCAAAUUAA